GUUGGAACUAUUACUCCCCCAAAAAAAUCUUAUCAGUACCAUCUCAACGGCCGCCAUUGUCGCCGUCAUUGCCAUCCUCUUCGUUGUCGCCACCACUGUUCUCGCCGCCGCUGUCAUCGUCUUAUUCGUCGCCGCCAUGGUAGUUAGAAGCGAUGGAUGCCUCUGCUGCAGGCGAAUAUAAACGCAAAAGAAGUAAAAUUUACGCUUGGUUUUAAACUGAAAUUGCCUUCUAAAAUUGGUGAUUAGAAGUUUGACCUAAUAAACCCUAGCUUCCAUAACUAGAACAAACUUUCAUCCUUCUCCGCUGUCAGACCCCUCACCACCAAUCGAACAACAACAAUUAAGGAUCAAUAAUCGCAGCUCCACGCCAACCCCCAAAUCCACAUCAACUUACCAUAAUCCCUUGAAGGAGAAUUCAUCCAAACCAGAAUGGUUUCGGACAGCAACCCUCCCUCCUGAUUACCAUCAGCUUCGGCGCUUCCCCGCGAUCGGAUGACCUCCGAAUCUGAUCCCGAUUCCGUUCUCUACGCCUCCGUCUCCUGCGGCCCCAUCGUCCUCGCGGAGCUUCUCCCCACCGGCGGGGGCGCCUCCGCUGCCGUCGACCUCUCCGCGCUCGCCGCUAUCUGCAUCGAUGCCGCCCCGCGCUACCACCUCCUUUACACUCACACUGCCGGCAGCCGGAUCUACGCCUUCCUCAUAGCUGAACCUCUUCUCUUUUUUGCCAUUGCUGAAGAGUCGCUCGGCCGCUCUGCCGUUCUCCACUUCCUGCAUCGCCUCCGCGAUGCCACCGCUUAUAUAGCCCGCAGGCGGAUCGAUGCUGGCGAUCCAAUUCCCCAACGCUGUCUUCAGGACGAGCUCCUCCCUGUCAUUCGUCGCGUCGCCGCAGGGUCGGUUUCUCUUUCCGAGGAUGAGAAACCCUCUUCCUCGUCGCCACCUGCGCUUUCUUCGUCCCCUCCUCUUCCCUCCACCCCACCGUUUUCUGACAACCUCCUCCACACCGGCGAGCACAAGAGGAAGGUUAAGGAGCGCAAAAAGAACCCGAAAAGUGACGAAGGGGGGGUUGGCGAUUCCCGAGGCGGAAAUGAGCAUGAGAUCUCUGUAACGGAUAAUGAUGGUGACGCCGAUCUUAAUUUGGGUUUAGGAGGUCGGAAAUCGAUGCAGAGGAUUUGGUGGCAACAGGUAAGAAUGGUUCUGAUUAUCGAUCUGGUAGUCUGCAGCCUUUUGUUCGGUAUAUGGUUAUCUGUGUGUAAGGGAUUCCAAUGCAUUGCCGGGUGAGGGGAAAUGAUGAAGUUCAGAGAACCAAGCUCAAAUUGACUGAAUUAUUGCAGAUUUGUUUUUCAAUCUACAAUGAUAAGAAACCUCUAUGAGUUUAAGGUGUAAGCCUAUUUGUUGAAGGUUGUGGCAAUCCAUGUUAAUUGAUCCUUAUUCAUUUUACCUCUAUUCUUUUAUUUCUUCAUGUUCUUGCUGAGGUUAUGUGCAGUGGAGGAUCCUUGUAGAUUGGUUUUGGUUCUUUCAAUGACCAGUGAGUAGCUUCAUAAGCUGGAUUAUGUACAUGAAUUUACUUGAAAAAGUAGUUUAAAAGGAUAUGGUUUGUGAAGAGAAGUUUUAUGCAUCUUUGGUCGUUUUUCCCCCUACUUUUGGCAUGCUAUACUGUUUUAUUUUUUGAGCGUUAAGCUGAUGUAAAACCUUACUAAUUUGUUAUUGCCUUUCAUUCUCAUUUGUUUAACAAGUUCCUCAUGUUUUAUUUCUAACAUGGUUAUUUAUUUUGAGAUAAAUGUAAACUUUCCUUGGUGCUCAUUUCAUUAUUUGUG